AGUAUAUGUGACUAACAUUAUGAAACGGAGAGAUUAAUUUGUUUUUUUAUUUUUUAUUUUUUAUCCACUCAUCUACGUGUUCCAUUUCCAACGUGGCUUCACUCUAUAUUUUGUCAACCCAUUCAUAAAUAGCAUCCCCUGGUUUUGCUCAAUUUGAACAACAGUAGCAACAACAAUUUCUCCAAUUUCUCGUACCAUUUUUCGAAUAAAUUCUUUGGAUAAAACCUUUUCCCUUUAUAAUUCCAUUUUAUUUAUUUCAUCACAUUUUUAAUCAACAAAAAUCCCUUUAAAUUUCCUACUUUAGCAUCUGAUUCAUCCAACCAACUUAUCAGCCCGUCAUUAUUAUUUUUUAUUUAUUUUUUUAAAUUUUUUUUCAAUUUCCCAAAGAUGGAAAAUUAAUUAUAAUUAUAAUUAUAAUGUCUAUAUAAAUCAGAAAAUGCGAAUUUUCAAGAGAAACGUUUCGUUGUGUUUAUCUCAUCUUCCUUCCGAAUUCUUGUCAUCUUCUCUUGCUGUUUCUUCCUUUACAGUCAGGUUUAGUUCCGGAUUCCCUAUCCUUCUGAAGCGGAAUCAAAUUCAUACAGGAUCUUGUAAGCUGCGCAGUGGUUCUCCAAUGGAUGGGAAUGUGACUGCUGAACAGUACAAAGAAGCACGAUUUCAAAGUGAGGUUGGUCAAAGUCCAUGUAUCUGGUCUUCCACAUCAGGCGGAGAUAACCUUAACGUUCCGCUGGGAAAACAAAUUUUUUGCAAUAGAUCCUUGAACAUGAAAAGUAUUGUUGCUGUUGGGUUUGAUAUGGACUAUACUUUAGCACAGUACAAGCCAGAGACAUUUGAAUCCCUUGCAUAUGAAGGGACCAUUAAGAAGCUUGUGUUUGACUUGGGAUAUCCUCCUGAGCUGUUGCAGUGGUCUUUUGAUUCAAAGUACAUGGUUAGAGGUUUGGUUCUUGAUAAAAAGAGAGGCAAUAUUUUGAAGAUGGAUCGACAUAAAUACGUGAAAGUAGCAUACCAUGGCUUUAGAGAGAUGUCUAAAGAAGAAAAAGUUGAAACUUACGGGAAUACUUUGACAAGAGAUUCCUUUGACGAGCCUGACUACGCCCUCAUCGAUACACUCUUUUCCUUAGCAGAGACCUAUUUAUUUGCACAGCUAGUUGAUUUCAAGGACAAAAAUCCUGGAAGAGUCCCAGCAGGAGCUGAUUAUGCUCGUAUGUACAAGGAUGUUAGAGCUGCUGUUGAUCUGUGUCAUCGUGAUGGGACCUUAAAGCAGAUGGUUGCCAAAGAUCCUGAAAGGUACAUUAUUGAUGAUACUUCAAUCGUACCGAUGCUAGAAAUGCUUAGAGAUUCAGGUCGUUCAACCUUUUUGGUGACAAAUAGUUUGUGGGACUACACGAAUGUUGUGAUGAAUUUUCUCUGUCGGAAAGGAACUGGAAAUGGAAGUGCACCUCUCAGUUUUGAUUGGCUAAAGUAUUUUGAUGUCAUUAUUACUGGCAGUGCAAAGCCUGGCUUUUUCCAUGAAGACAACCGGGCUAACCUUUUUGAGGUUGUGCCUGAUUCUGGAAUGCUUCUAAAUACUGACAAUGGAACACCUAUGACUCAAGUCGGAAGUACUGUGCUACAGCCAGCAACAAAUGGACUGAACUAUGCUUGCCGAGUUUUCCAGGGUGGUAGUGUCGGUCAUCUCCAUAAAUUACUCAAUAUUGAGUCAAGCUCCCAGGUUCUUUAUGUUGGAGAUCACAUCUAUGGUGACAUAUUACGCAGUAAAAAGGUUCUGGGGUGGAGAACUAUGCUUGUUGUUCCCGAACUUGAGAGAGAAGUUGAGCUUCUCUGGCAACUGAGGGAAUCUCGGAAGCAACUCCAAGGAUUGAGGUGUGAUCGUGAUCAUAUUGAAGACAAACUCCAUCAUGCAAAGUGGUCUCUCAAAUUUGAGGAUCUUGAAGUUGAUCAGAAGCAAAAAUUAUUGUCUGCCAUUGACAGUUUGGAGUCACAAAGAGAGCAGGUUCGACUUGAUCAUCAACAGAUCCUCUGUAAAAGCCACCAAAAGUUUCACAAGGUCUGGGGACAACUUAUGAAAACUGGUUAUCAGAAUUCUCGCUUUGCACACCAGGUUGAGAGAUUUGCCUGUCUUUACACCAGUCAAGUAACAAACUUGAGCUUAUACUCUCCUGAUAAAUACUACAGACCGAGUGAAGAUUUCAUGCCUCAUGAGUUCGACAUCCUUGCCUUGUCAGGAAAAUGUUCUUUGGAAGUAAAAUAGCAAUGACAUCUCAAUCUGUAUAUCAAUUGGGCAUUACAUUCAAUUUAUCCUCUCUGCUCCUCACCUGCUUUGGUGAUUGUCAAAUCAUUCAAAUGUAUAUAGCCUUUGGUUACUGAAUAUCAUUCUUACAUAAAAUUGUGCAUAACUGUGCCACACAUGUAUGUCUAUGAACAUGUGAGCACUAAUUUUCUUCUAUCAUUACAACAAUUAGUGAGUACAUAUAUUGCUAAUCAUAUAGUAGUAGGUAAUUCUCUAGUACUCUUGUUUAGUUGUUUGUAACUCAUGAUCCCUUGCCAUGGGUAAUCUUUUGAUAAACCA